AAUGCGGAAGAAGCUAAAGGCUAACUGGAGUAAAUAUUUUGCCAGUGUAGGAUUUCCAGUUAGUUUGAGUGUGGCUUGGGCGUGAGCCAGUGUGCAGCUGUGUUUUAAAGUCUAAGUUACAGUGUUUUUAUGUGAACGUCUCUAUAUUAAAUAGAUAUAGAAUACAUUUAAAUUAGUAAAAUAAUGAUUUCAGUUCCUUUGUUUAUUGUUUUAUGGACCGCUGGUGGGUUUUUAAAGGAAGGAAUAUGUGCUGUGCAGAUCAGCAGACCGCUGAGAUUGGCCAAGAUUGUAGGCUUUUCCUGGGAGAACUGCGGAAAGGCUGAUGAUCCAGCUGUUAUGAAGAGUCUUGAUUUGUCUCCAGAUCCCAUUAACAUACCGGGAGAUUUGACAGCAAGUGCAGCUGGGACAACCUCAGUGGCUCUGGUGUCUCCUCUCUCUCUAAAUGUCACACUGGAGAAAGAGGUUGCUGGUUUCUGGGUCAAGGUCCCAUGUUUGGACGAGCUAGGGAGCUGCCACUAUCAGGAUAUCUGUGAUAUACUGAACCAGCUCAUUCCUCCUGGUCAGAGUUGUCCUGAGCCUCUGCGCACAUAUGGCCUUCCCUGCCACUGCCCUUUCAAAGCAGGUGAAUACUCUCUACCUCAGUCUAUUUUCUCCCUGCCUAAAAUGGACCUGCCAUUCUGGCUGACCAAUGGCCAGUACCGUGUCCAGGGGGUGAUUGGAAACUCAGAGAAAGAGCUCGGAUGCCUUAAAGUUGUCCUCACUCUACACUCAGAUUAAGAUCCAAUUAAUAGAUACAAUACAUACGAUAUAUGAUGCAUUAAUAGAACAAAAAGGUGUUGUGAGACACGUUAUCUGACAAAGCAUGCGUUCUGUUCGUCAAUGGUAUCGUCUAGAAUCCUACUGAUUUUGGGAACUUGCUAAUAUAGACAUUUGAUCACUUUAAAUUAGGAUCAGUAGAAUUAUCACAUUUAACUUGGUUCUAUCCGUGCAGUUCUGAGCCUGAUUUUGAUCUAAAAUGAUCAUGCAUUUAUGAUUCACUGUAAAAUGAUUCACAUGGACCAAUCAAAAGGUCGUGACCUGCACUCUAUAAAUGAUGUAGGAUUUUAACAUAAUGUUAGAUUGAAUUUAAAUAAUCAGAGUACAGUCGUUUUUUAGUAUUCGCUAAUGUGCCAUGUUCAUCUCAUUUGUUUUUAAAAUUUUUUUUAAAUAAUGAUUACUUGUUUAUAUUGUAUAUAUUUACUGUUUAGUGUAACCAUGAGGAGAAAAACAACGAGCAGUUGCCCGAAGGUUUUUCCUUGUACGAUGUAAACCUCGUGAUGAGGACCAUGGCAAUAUUAUCAGUUGUUUAAUUCUGGGUUUUUGCCCAAAAAUGGUGAAACAAAUUUUAAAUUAAGCAAAUUAUCAAUAAACAAAGAUUUGUGACAGAGUUUCAUUAA